UGGCGCACAUGGAGCUUACUGAGGUGGCGAGCAGAGGAGGAGGAGGAUGAAGAUGAUCCAGCAGCGUGUGAUGGAAUGUACAAAGCGGCGAUCAAUCAAUCGAUCCAUCGACGUGACACACGAUCAACCAUCGCGUGCGUGAUGCAGCUCGUGGAUGGGCAGACGGACACGCGCGCAGGUGGUCCAGGGCGCCGUCCCAAACAGGCAGAGUGGACCAGCUGAAUGUUGGACGCAGACGUUCUGGAUGGUCCGCACACAGGAAGUGACACUCUCCUCAGGCGAGGGAGUCAAUCAGUGAGGACGAAGGAGGCGGAGUCACAUGGGACGCACGAGCCAUGGAAGUCAAAGGUCAACUCAUCUCAGCACCUGCUGUGGUCACAUGCUGGGACAGGAAGCAAAGGGAGCGCAUGGCGGAGCUGCAGGAGAGGAGGCGGAGCCUGCAGUCGCUGCUCAGCGUGUGCGAUUGGCGGAGCUGAGGCGGGUGUGUCUGCAGGAGGCGGAGCUGACGGGCGCGCUGCCCGCCGACUUCCCGCUGGCGACGGGGGAGAAGCCCCCCUCCGUGAGGCGCAGGGGCGGGGCCUCGUGCCAAGCAAACAGGAAGUGCAGAGGAGAGGAAGAAGACAAUCAGCGAGUGAAGCCUAAAAAAACUUUAUUCAGCGGCGCGCUGAGGAAACACAACGACCGCGAACACAACGUGCACACACAACACGGCAAGACGACUGUGCACAGAGGAUGUCACACUGACGACACAGUGAGGUCAGAGAGCAGCUCCACGUCUGAUUCUACAGGACAUGACAACGAUGAGUGUGUGGCUCAGGGUCGCCCCCUGCUGGUGGGCACUGGUUCUCCAGUGGAGCUCUUCUAUCCCAGCAAAGCCAGGAGGAGUUCGCUGUGCCACAGGGCGGAGCUUCCUGAGGUUCUCGCCAGCCACAGGCCCCUCCUCCUCCAGCUCCCCGCCCCUCCUCGCUCCCAUGACAGCUCGCCGACCUCCCGCCCGUCCGAGGCGGCCCGUCGCGGCAACAGCGCAGACGGGCCGUCAGAGGAGGAGGAGGGAGGGGUGGCACGGUCCGGAGGAGGCGCCCCCCCGGAGGCAGGGCGGGGCUACGGCGACCUCCUGCUGGAUUACGUGCUGACCAAACAGCGGCAGCGCGCCAAACCGCACCGGCCGCCGCCGCACUACAACGGCCACGCCUCCUCCCGGCCGCCCCCGGUGGCGCCGCCCGCCUACCGCGUUCACAUGGGCGAGCAGCGCCGCGUCAAGGUCACCCGCACCAAGUCCUGCGGCCCCUUCCUGCCCGUGUCGCAGGCCGACUCCCCCAUCCAGCCCGACCCCCACCCACAUUUGCUGCCGCCGCAGCCAGCUCCCGCGCAGGACGCCCGCCCGGGGGGCGCCGCCAGGAACCUCCACAAGGCCCUCGCCCUGGAAGGUAAGACACUUCGUCGCCUCCCCGUUCACGCUGACGCCGCCGCCGCCCUCCCGUUGACAGGUCUGAGGGACUGGUACUUGAGGAACACCGCAGGCUCCUCCCACGCCGACAACAAGGUCAAGGGUCAAGGCGGGGGCGCCGCGCAGCGCAGGCGCACCACUCACGGCCUGCAGGGGGCGCUGCCGCACUCCGUCACCUUCCACGGACACCCGCUGCACGGCAGGUGGGUGCACGGCCGGCUGUUACCAUGGCAACACGCUCCCCCCUCCCCUCUCUCCUUUCUCUCAGGUCUGUGGACUGCUCGCUCUACCUGGACUCCGCCCCUCCCCGCAAACAGGAAGUCCCUCUCAGGGAAGCGCCUGCAGAACCGACGUCGCCAGGGACUCUGGUCUGACCGCUCGGCCGAUCAGGACGGCGCCACUUCAGGAAGUGGGCGGCGGCGCUGAGCCUGCGCAUGCCGCCGCCGCCUCAGGGAGAGCAAUCUUUUCACGCUUGGUGACUACGCCCAAAGACUCCGCCCACCAGCCCCGAGGACGCGGAAGAGAGAGAGAGAGCAAUAAUGAGUGGUUUCUUUGUCGUCGUUCAGGUUCUACCUGAAGCACGUAAGCAAACAUGGCGGCCGUCUCCACGACGCCAUCAGGACGCCCGAUGACGUCAUCACGUGACCACUUCCUUCAGGUGUGGCUGUGUGAGAGGAGCAAUGUUUUUAUUGAUUUCAAUCAGCUGAGGUGACAAUCACAUGACGGGUAUUGAUCAGAGGCGUAUUGAUUAGGGACAGGGGUGUCCAAACCUUUUACACCGGGGGCCGCCCACGGGGGCCACGUUGAUAUUUUUCAUUUUCAAAACCAAUACAGUAUUUAUUGGAACACAAUUUUGCCGAUCGUUAAAGUUCCCGGGGACCCAAAAGGGUCUCAGUCGUUAAAGUGUUAAAAAUUAAAAAAACGUUUUACUUUCAACGCCAAAAUAUGAAAUCUGACUAAAGGCUUUGGGGGACCCAAAAGGGUCUCACACCUUAAAGUGUCAUUUUUUAUUUAUUUUUUACUUUCAACGUUAGAAUAUGAAAUCUGACUAAAGGCUUCGGGGCACCAAAAAGGGUCAAAGUCGUUAAAGUGUUAAAAAUAAAAAAAUGUUUUUACUUUCAACGCUAAAAUAUGAAAUCUGACUAAAGGCUUCGGGGGACCCAAAAGGGUCUCAGUCGUUAAAAGGUAAAAAAUAAAAAAAUGUUUUUACUUUCAACGCUAAAAUAUGAAAUAUGACUAAAGGCUUUGGGGGACCCAAAAGGGUCUCAGUCGUCAAAGUGUUAAAAAUUAAAAAAUUGUUUUACUUUCGACACUAAAAUAUGAAAUCUGACUAAAGAUUUCGGGGGACCCAAAAGGGUCUCACUCCUUAAAGUGUAAUUUUUUUUUUCUUUUUUACUUUCGACGCUAAAAUACGAAAUCUGACUAAAGGCUUCGGGGGACCAAAAAGGGUCAAAGUCGUUAAAGUGUUAAAAAUAAAAAAAUGUUUUUACUUUCAACGCUAAAAUAUGAAAUCUGACUAAAGGCUUCGGGGGACCCAAAAGGGUCUCAGUCGUUAAAGUGUUAAAAAUAAAAAAAUGUUUUUACUUUAAACGCUAAAAUAUGAAAUCUGACUAAAGGCUUCAGGGACCCAAAGGGUCUCAGUCGUUAAAGUGUUAAAAAUAAAAAACAUUUUUUACUUUCAACGCUAAAAUAUGAAAUCUGACUAAAGACUUCGGGGGACCCAAAAGGGUCUCAGUCGUUAGAAUGUUAAAAAUAAACUACAAUUUUUACUUUCAACGCUAAAAUAUGAAAUCUGACUAAAGGCUUCGGGGGACCCAAAAGGGUCUCAGUUGUUAAAGUGUUAAAAAUAAAAACAAAAGUUUUUACUUUCAACGCUAAAAUAUGAAAUCUGACUAAAGGCUUCGGGGGACACAAAAGGGUUCGGGGGACCCAAAAGGGUCUCAUUCGAUAAAGUAUUAAAAAUAUAUAUUUUUUUACUUUCAACGCUUAAAUAUGAAAUCUGACUAAAGGCUUCGGGGAACCAAAAGGGUCUCAGUCGUUAAAGUGUUAAAAAUAAAAAAAUGUUUUUACUUUCAACGCUAAAAUAUGAAAUCUGACUAAAGGCUUCAGAGGACCAAAAGGGUCUCAGUCGAUAAAGUGUUAAAAAUAAAAAUAUUUUUUUACUUUCAACGCUUAAAUAUGAAAUCUGACUAAAGGCUUCGGGGGACCCAAAAGGGUCUCAGUCAAAGUAUUGAAAAUAAAAAAUUUUUUUACUUUCAACGCUAAAAUAUGAAAUCUGACUAAAGGCUUUGGGGGACCCAAAAGGGUCUCAGUCGUUAAAGUAUUAAAAAUAAAAAAAUGUUUUACUUUCAACGCUUAAAUAUGAAAUCUGACUAAAGGCUUCGGGGGACCCAAAAGGGUCUCAGUUGUUAGUGUUAAAAAUAUAUAUAUUUUUUUACUUUCAACGCUAAAAUAUGAAAUCUGACUAAAGGCUUCGGGGGACCCAAAAGGGUCUCAGUCGUUAAAGUAUUGAAAAUAAAAAAAUGUUUUACUUUCAACGCUAAAAUAUGAAGUCUGACUAAAGGCUUCAGGGGACCAAAAAGGGUCUCAGUCGUUAAAGUGUUAAAAAUAAAAAAAUGUUUUUACUUUCAACGCUAAAAUAUGAAAUCUGACUAAAGGCUUCAGGGGACCCAAAAGGGUCUCAGUCGAUAAAGUGUUAAAAAUAAAAAUGUUUUUUUACUUUCAACGCUAAAAUAUGAAAUCUGACUAAAGGCUUCGGGGGACCCAAAAGGGCCUCAGUUACCAAAGUGUUCAAAUAAAAACAAGCCAUUUAUUUUAUUUUUUAACUUUCAACGCUAAAAUAUUGAGUGAUCAAUUUGCUGUUUAUCUGUUGACACAAAGUACAUUUUUAAAAUUGUUUUAUGCCCUUUUGGUCAAAGAAAACUUUUUUUUAUGGCAAAAAAACACAAAAUAUGCAAUAUGUUCUUAAAGGUCCCGGGGACCCAAAUGGGUCUCAGUCAUUAAAGUGUUAAAAAUAAGUCAUAUAUAUAUAUUUUUUUUUACUUUCAACGCUAAAAUAUUUAUAGAUCAACUUGAGUUUCAUUUGUUGACACAAAGUAAAACAUUUUUUUAUUGUUUUAUGCCCUUUUGGUCAAAGAAAACUUUUUUUAUGGCAAAAAAACACAAAAUAUGCAAUAUGUUCUUAAAGGUCCGGGGGACCCAAAUGGGUCUCAGUCAUUAAAGUGUUAAAAAUAAGUCAUUUUUUGUAUAUACUUUACUAAAAUAUCUAUUGAUCAACUUGAGAUCUAUCUAUUGACAUAAAGUUUUCAUUUUUUGUAAUGUUUUAUGCCCUUUUAGUCAAAGAAAAAUAAAUUUUUAUGGCAAAAACGCCAAGUAUGCAAAGUUUUCUCCUAAAAACUGUUCAAGGUGGAAUAUUUACUGUGAAGUAAUUGGGGCCUUAAAAAGGUGAACAAUUCAUGACAACAUUAUUAUUUUUUGAACAAUGAAAUCUGCCUAAAGGCCACGGGGACUCAAAAGGGUCUCAGUCACCAAAGUGUUAAAAUAAAAACAAGCCAUUUUAUUUUAUUUUUUUAACUUUCAAUGCUAAAAUAUUAAGAGAUCAAGUGUCAGUCUAUCUGUUGACACAAAGUUAAACUUUAAAAAAAAAAAAAAAUUUAUGCCCUUUUGGUUGAAGAAAAAACUGUUUUUGAAGGUCCCGGGGACUCAAAAGUGUCUCAGUCAUUAAAGUGUUAAAAAUAAGUCAUAUAUUAUUAUUUUAUUUACUUUCAACGCUAAAAUAUUUAUAGAUCAACUUGAGUUUUUUCCGUUGACACAAAGUAAAAAUUGUUUUUAUUGUUUUAUGCUUUUUUGGUCAAAGAACAUUUUUAUUUAUUGCAAAAAAACACAAAAUAUGCAAUAUGUUCUUAAAGGUCCCAGGGACCCAAAUGGGUCUCAGUCAUUAAAGUAUUAAAAAUAAGUCAUUUUUUAUAUAUACUUUACUAAAAUAUCUAUUGAUCAACUUGAGAUCUAUCUGUUGACAUAAAGUUUUCAUUUUUUUAAAUGUUUUAUGCCCUUUUAGUCAAAGAAAAAUACAUUUUUAUGGCAAAAACGCCAAAUAUGCAAAGUUUUCUCCCAAAAACUGUUCAAGGUGGAAUAUUUACUGUGAAGUAAUUGGAGCCUUAAAAAGGUGAACAAUUCAUGACAACAUUAUUAUUUUAUGUGCUUUAUAAAUAAAGUUGAUUUGAUUUGAUUUGAUUUUUUGAACAAUGAAAUCUGACUAAAGGCCCCGGGGACCCAAAAGGGUCUCAGUCACCAAAGUGUUAAAUUAAAAACAAGCCAUUUUAUUUUAUUUUUUAAACUUUCAACGAUAAGAUAUUAAGAGAUCAAGUGUCAGUCUAUCUGUUGACACAAAGUUAAACUUUUUUUUUUUAAAUAUUUUAUGCCCUUUUGGUUAAAGAAAAAACUGUUUUUGAAGGUCCCGGGGACCCAAAAGUGUCUCAGUCAUUAAAGUGUUAAAAAUAAGUCAUAUAUUAUUAUUUUAUUUACUUUCAACGCUAAAAUAUUUAUAGAUCAACUUGAGUUUUAUCCGUUGACACAAAGUAAUUUUUUAAAAUUGUUUUAUGCCCUUUUGGGCAAAGAAAAUAUUUAUUUAUGGCAAAAAACAAAAAACAAAAUAUGCAAUAUGUUCUUAAAGGUCCCAGGGACCCAAAUAGGUCUCAGUUAUUAAACUGUUAAAAAUAAGUCAUUUUUUAUAUAUACUUUACUAAAAUAUCUAUUGAUCAACUUGAGAUCUAUCUGUUGACAUACAGUUUUCAUUUUUUGAAAUGUUUUAUGCCCUGUUUUUUAUGGCAAAAACACAAAAUAUGCAAUAUUUUCUCCUAAAAACUGUUCAAGGUGGAAUAUUUACUGUGAAGUAAUUAGAGCCUUAAAAAGGUGAAAAACUCAUGACAACAUUAUUAUUUUUUGAACAAUGAAAUCUGACUAAAGGCCCCGGGGACCCAAAAGGGUCUCAGUCACCAGAGUGUGAACAUAAAAACAAGCCAUAUAUUUUAUUUUUUUAAAUAUUGAGAGAUCAAUUUGCUGUCUGUUGACACAAAGUAAAAAAUAGUUUUUAUUGUUUUAUUCCCUUUUUGUCAAAGAAAAUCCUGUUUUUUUAUGGCAAAAACACAAAAUAUGCAAUAUUUCCUCCCAAAAGUAGUAAUUGGCGCCUCUGAUAGGUCAAUGAUGUAUAACAACAUUGAUUUUGAUUUAUUAUUAUUUUUUGAACAAUGACAGUUAAAAAAAAUCAGACUAAAAGCCCCCGGGGGACCCAAAAGGGUCUCAGUCAUCAAAGUGUUAAAAAAAAAAGCCACAUAUUUUAUUAUUUUAACUGUAAACGCUAAAAUAUCUAUGGAUCAAGUUGCGGUCUAUUUGGUGACAAAGUAAAACCUUUUUUUAUGUUUUAUGCCCUUUUGGUCAAAGAAAAAACUGUUUUUAAAGGUGUCGGGGACCCCAGUCAUUAAAGUGUUAAAAAUAAGUAAUAUAUUAUUAUUUGUUUUACUUUCAACGCUAAAGUAUUUAUAGAUCUUCUUGAGAGCUAUCCUUUGACAUAAAGUUUUAAUUUUUAUUAAUGUUUUAUGCUCUUUGUUUGUCAAAGAAAACCCUGUUUUUUUUAUGGCAAAAACACAAAAUAUGCAAUAUUUUCUCCCCAAACCUGUUCAAAGUGGAAUAUUUGAUGUGAAGUAAUUGAAGCCUUAAAUAGAUAAGUCAUAUAUUAUUUGUUUUUUUACUUUCAACGCUAAAAUAUCUAUAGAUCAACUUAAUCUAUCUGUUCACAUAAUGUUUAAAAAAAAUAAUACAUUUUUGAUGCCUGUUUGUUUUUAUGGCAAAAACACAAAAUAUGCAAUAUUUACUCCCCAAACCUGUUCAAAGUGUAAUAUUUGAUGUGAAGUAAUUGGAGCCUUAAAUAGAUAAGUCAAAUAUUAUUUGUUUUUUUACUUUCAACGCUAAAAUAUCUAUAGAUCAACUUAAUCUAUCUGUUGACAUAAUGUUUAAAAAAAAUAAAUAAUUUUUGAUGCCUGUUUGUUUUUAUGGCAAAAACACAAAAUAUGCAAUAUUUUCUCCCCAAACCUGUUCAAAGUGUAAUAUUUGAUGUGAAGUAAUUGGAGCCUUAAAUAGAUAAGUCAUAUAUUAUUUGUUUUUUUACUUUCAAUGCUAAAAUAUCUAUAGAUCAACUUACCGUAAUCUAUCUGUUGACAUAAUGUUAAAAAAAAAAGUUUUAAUUUUUGAUGCCUAUUUGUUUUUAUGGCAAAAACACAGAAUAUGCAAUAUUUUCCUCCCAAAAAAGUAGUUGAUGUGAAUUAAUUGGCACAUAAAAUCGCUCAGUGUGUCAUAACAUUAUUAUUUUUUUAUUGUUAUUUUUCUAAUAAUGAAAGUUAAAAAAAACACACACUAAAGGUCCCGGGGACCCAAAAGGGUCUCAGUCAAAAAAGUGUCGAAAACAGGUCAUGUAUUAUUUUUUUUCAACUUGAAAUGUAUCCGCUGACAUAAAGUUUUCAUUUUCUUAAUGUUUUAUGCCAUUUUAUGUAAAAAAAAAAAGACAA